CCGUCAUUCCGUCCCCGCCGCCGCUUCCUCCCAUCCCACGUCGCCCGGUGAUGGAGGCGGCAGCCGUCGCUUCCUGCGGCUCCGGGCUGCGCUACCUGCCGCCGCUCGACCCCACCCCGAGGCGGCAGAAUCACCGGGCGGCGGUGGCGGGCUUCGGGACCAAGCGGCGGCGGCCUCGCGCCGCAGUCGCUUGCAGGCGGCCCCAUCGCGUUCACGCGGCGGCGGCGAGGGGUAGCGGCGGCGGCGCCGGGGACUCUUCUUCCGGUUCCGGCGGAGUAAGGAGCAAAAAACGGCUCGCGGUGUUCGUGUCCAGCGGGGGCUCCAACUUGCGGUCCAUCCACGAGGCCACCGCCGCGUGCGGCAAGGCGAGCAGCGGGGAUGUGGUCGCGCUCGUCACGGACAAGCCAGGAUGCGGCGGAGCGGAGUACGCGAGGCGCAGCGGCAUACUGGUGGUCCUGUUCCCCAGGUCCAAGUCGGCGCCGGAGGGGGUGCCGACGGCUCAGCUUCUGAACGCCCUGAGGGAUCUCAGGGUGGACUUCGUUCUGCUCGCUGGUUACCUGAAGCUUGUACCCGGCGAGCUAGUCCAGGCAUACCCCAGAUCCAUACUGAAUAUACAUCCUUCGCUCCUCCCGGCGUUUGGAGGCAAGGGUUAUUACGGUUUGAAGGUGCAUAAAGCCGUCAUUGCGUCUGGAGCCAGAUAUUCAGGAGCAACUGUGCACUUUGUGGAUGAACAGUUCGACACGGGAAGAACUUUAGCCCAAAGGGUUGUGCCUGUGCUAGCGGACGAUACUCCGGAGCAAUUGGCUGCAAGGGUUCUGCAUGAGGAGCAUCAUGUUUAUGUUGAGGCAGUUGCUGCCUUGUGCGAGGAUCGAAUCGUGUGGCGAGAAGACGGGGUCCCUCUUAUCAGAACUCAGACAAACCCCGAUGCGUACGCCUAAUUGGUAGUGCUAUCUUGAGGUCUCCUGGACGCUAAUGAAACUUAUAGACCCCCUGCCAGUUUUCCCCAAGGCAUGGGAGUUAUUUCACCAUGCUUAUCUGACUGAGUGAAAUAACCUGUCUGAUAAUCUGGUCCAUGAAACAUAACGUGCACCUUGCACCGUGUUCUGCUUGUUUGUGUGGCCUGGCUUUGAAGAUAAUAUGUGCUUUGACCUGCAAACUUUUCAUUGAGUAAUCCACUAACCAAUCUUCACGUA